AUGGUCUCGUCGUACCCUUUACCGGAGGGCUUCUCCGACUUUGAUGUGUUCUCUCUGGGAACCAUGCUGCUGGUGGAGGGCAUGCUGGGCUUCCUUCUAAAUGCGGUGACAAUCGUUGCUUUCCUGAAAGUGAGAGAGCUCAGGACCCCCAGCAAUUUCCUUGUGUUCAGUUUAGCGAUGGCUGAUAUUGGCAUCUCUAUGAACGCCAGCAUCGCCGCUUUCUCCAGCUUCCUGAGGUACUGGCCUUAUGGCUCUGAGGGAUGCCAGACUCACGGUUUCCAUGGCUUCCUUACAGCUCUCGCCAGCAUCCACUUCAUGGCCGCCAUCGCCUGGGACAGAUACCACCAGUACUGCACCAGGACAAAGCUGCAGUGGAGCAGCGCCAUCACUCUGUCUGUGUUCGUCUGGCUCUUCACUGCCUUCUGGGCCGCUAUGCCCCUCAUCGGAUGGGGAGAGUACGACUACGAGCCCCUCAGGACCUGCUGCACUCUGGACUACACCAAGGGAGACAGAAACUACGUGUCCUACUUGAUCCCAAUGUCCAUCUUUAACAUGGCUAUCCAGGUGUUUGUUGUCAUGUCCUCUUACCAGGCCAUUGCACAGAAAUUCAAGAAGACUGGCAACCCCAGGUUCAACCCCAACACUCCUCUGAAGACCAUGCUGCUGUGCUGGUGCCCCUAUGGCGUCCUGUGCUUCUACGCCGUUGUGGAGAACGCCAACCUGGUCUCCCCCAAGCUCAGGAUGCUGGCUCCCAUCCUGGCAAAGACCUCCCCCAUCUUCAACGCCUUCCUGUAUGCUUUGGGAAAUGAGAACUACAGAGGAGGCAUCUGGCAGUUCCUCACCGGGGAAAAGAUUGAAGUUCCUCAAAUUGAGAACAAGUCCAAAUAAACUAAGCAUGUACAAAUAUACACUUACUGUCAUGGUGAUUUCUCAUAGGUACCUAUGUUUCUGUUUGUGAGUGUUAGUGCAUGUGCUGUGUCUUGAACAGAGGUGGCCUUUUUCCCUUUUCAACAUCUGUCCAGGAAUAGUUGUCCUUUGUUCCUACAGUAGUGUUAUUUACAUUUUGUCAACCGAAUAUAUGAAUUAGCCUAUUAAGGAAAAAUAAAUACACACAUUGUGAGAUACUUGAAGGACUUCUAAGUGAAGAAUGAUUUCUUUAUAGUAUG